AUGAUUUGUCUCCUGUGUACCAUAGAAAAAGGAACGAUUCUGAUAUUUGUGGGCUGCUUGCUAAUUGCCGCAACCGUCGCUCAACUGUCUCAUAAAGAAGGACAUUGUCCAUUGAGAAACAGUGUAUCAAAAUGUACUCCUAGAUGUGUUUCGGAUUUUCAGUGCUCUUUUAAUGAAAAAUGUUGUCCAAAUAAGUGUGGAAGUAAUUCGUGUGUGCAGUCGAGUCCCGUCAAUACCGGCAGUGGAUAUAAAGGAUCAUCAAAUGAUAAUGUUUAUUGUGCGGGUGUGAAAUGUGGUCCAUACGAAAAAUGUCGAUUCGAUCGUACAACGAAACGCGAAAAAUGCAUGCGCACAUAA